GCACGCGCAUGAUGAUAUAAAUGAAUAUGGAAUGAUAACGACCGACAGCGGGAGAUGGGCAGGCGUUGAGAUCAGCUUUAACUUCCCCCGGUGGCGGCUCAGCUUCGAAAUGUGAUUAGAAUUCAGAACUUUCUCUCGGUGUGUUUCUCCCUGUGGAGCCUUUUUCCGGAGCCUCAACUUUUCUGGCGUGUCAUCAUUUCUGGAGUUAACGCGGCAGAGUCAUCCGAGGCGAACAGACCCCGCUCAUAUGUGGGGAGAGAGGAGAGCCAGGGGAAGAGGGCAGGAAGCGCAGAGCCGGGGGUAGCCUGCUGCUGCUGCCCGCUGCUGCUGCCUCUGCCGCGGCGCACACAAAUGGCGAGCCUCGGGAUGUUUGUGCUCUGAUCCGCUGCUCCUCAUCAACAUGAUGUUUUCUCCCCUCUCUCUGUCUCAGGAUGAGUUCCAUCCGUUCAUUGAGGCUCUGCUGCCCCAGGUCCGUGCCUUCGCCUACACAUGGUUCAACCUCCAGGCCAGAAAAAGGAAGUACUUCAAAAAACAUGAGAAAAGGAUGACUAAAGAAGAGGAGAGAGCAGUGAAAGACGAACUGCUGGGGGAGAAGGCAGAGGUGAAACAGAAGUGGGCCAGCCGUCUUUUGGCCAAGCUCAGAAAGGACAUUAGACCCGAAUGCAGAGAAGACUUUGUCCUGUCAAUCACUGGGAAGAAAGCUGCGUGCUGUGUCCUGUCCAAUCCGGACCAGAAAGGCAAAAUGAGACGCAUAGACUGUCUCCGACAAGCUGACAAGGUUUGGAGGUUGGACCUAGUGAUGGUCAUCCUGUUUAAAGGAAUCCCGUUGGAAAGCACAGACGGAGAGCGGCUGGUUAAGGGAGGCCAUUGCUCCAACCCAAUCCUCUGCGUCCAGCCCAGACACAUUGCUGUCUCCGUCAAAGAGCUGGACCUCUACCUCGCUUACUACGUACAGGAGAGAGAAGCAGAGCAGAGCAGCAGUCCCAGUCGAACAGGAGUGGGUUCUGAUCAGGAGGACAGCCGAACAACCACCAUGGAGGGUCCAGAGUUCCAGGACAGUUUUGUGACAUCAGGAGUUUUCAGUGUCAAUGAGCUCGUCCAGGUAUCAAGAACUCCAGUAGUCACAGGAGUUGGACCUAGUUUCUCUAUGGGGGAGCUCCAGGGUCAUCUGGCCUACGAUCUGAACCAGUCUGUCAACCAGCCAGUCAGCCUCAGACGAUCACUGGCCAGUACCUCAUCCAGCGGGAGUAAGCGCCAUAAGUCUGGCUCUAUGGAGGAAGAGGCUGACAGUCCGGGGGGCGAGUACUACCACUCCCCUUCCUCUCCCGCCAGCAGCUCCAGGAACUGGACUGAUGACAUGGAAGGAGGUCUAUCUCCACCAGUGAAGAAGGCAGAGCUGGACAACCCCUCUCCCCAGGAAGACUCACCAAGAAUGGGUUCCUUCACUCAGCACCAUCGGCCAGUCAUAGCUGUUCACAGUGGUCUUUCACGGAGUCCCCACCCCUCCUCAUCUAUACAUUUUCCACCUUCCUCCUACUUCCCCCACGGAGCAAUCCGCUAUCCUCCUCACCUGACCCAGGACCCCCUCAAAGAUCUGGUGUCAUUGGCCUGCAACCCUGCCAAUCAAACCCCCAGCUCACUGAAUGGCAGCAACCAGGUAAAAGUGCCCAGUCACUACAUCACCUCUCAGAUGUUGGCACCAACUGGACCAGCACCCUCCCUGGCUCCUCCCCCAUCCUCCCUCCCCAGGCCGACCCUGCCUGCGGAGUCAAAGGCUACCACCACCUCCUCUGAUGGGGGAGCAAACUCCCCCACAUCACCCACAUACUCGGCCCCUGGGACACCCCCUGCCAAUCGCACCUCCUUCGUUGGAGUCACCCCCCGAGACCCAGGUGGACUCUACCAAGCCCAGUCUUGGUAUCUGGGCAACUGAUGGACAUGUGGAGGAGAGACGCUUGUCCUGGCAGUACAGUCCUAGAGGAAAGCAAACAAUGCUGUCAAGACAUCACAAGAGGGAAAAUAUAUUCAUCUUUGUAGAAGCAUACACAUAUAUAAAUAUAGUAUAUCUAUAUAUGUGUAUGGACCCAGAAGAGCCUGGUUGAAGAAGAUGCUGCUCUCACUCACAGCCAUGUGACACUCAAUGGUUCUCACCGACGUGAGUUCCAAGUGAAAGAAAAGGAGUGAUGUGGAUGAACUGGACCAGAACCAGGCCCCCAAACAGCAGAACCUAAGAAGCCUGUUCCCAGGAUGAGGCCUGUUUCCCUGCAAUGGAUUUCAGCCUUUACCCCUGAACCCUGGCUCUCUACACUCAACCCAAUACAGGACCUCCUCCCUGGGACAGAUAGACCUCACCCCCCCCUCAACACCCAGAAUGCCCCUCUCCGCUGCAGGUGCUGCUUAUAAUAUAUGCAAAUAAGCCUCUCCUUUUUUCUGAACCGACUAGAAAGAGAGCUCCUGUUGUUAAUAUGUAAUGUUUCUUUUGCACUUUUUAUUAUUGCUAUGAAAACUUAGAGUUGAGACAGAGCAUUUCUUUCUCUCUUCCCACCUAAAGACAGAGGCUUUGUCUUUUUUAUUGACAAUCAUCGGCCUGAAACCAUUAAGUUGCUUUGCUAAGCUCAUGUUUUUAAGACUGUUUGAUUGUGCUUUUUUAUCAGAAAAACAAUGAGUAAUAGUGGAAUAUAAGAGCUAUAUUCAUGCCUCCUCCAACACGACACACAAUGCUACAGUUGGACAGAGUUCAAACCCCCCGACAUCCUGCUUCUUCCUUCCCUUCACACCUGAUCAUUCUGACAGAACUUUAGGCAGUUGCAACUGGCUGCUGAACUCAUGUGUUUGAGACUGUAGCAUGGUGUGUGUGUGUGUGUGUGUUUUGGUGUGUGUGUGUGUGUGUCAGGUUGUGGGACAUCGGUUCCUGCAUUUCCACACUCAUCCCUGCUCUGUUUUGGGGAGCUGUGUUAGUGUCUCAGAGAACACGGUGUGGUUGGUUGAUCGGAAAGAGACACAUCACAUGAUUGACUUGAUGAUGUGGCAUGUCACCGACUUAGCAGGCCGUAGCGUUUCCAUGGUUAUGGCAGCAGGUCAUACCUUGAAGUGAGCACAAUAUCCAGGUUUGUUGUCCAGCUGUACAGAGUGGUGUUGACAGGACUGUGGAAAUGGAUAGGGUUAGGGUUAUUGUUAGGGUUAGGCACAGUGCUUUGUCACCAGUCAAACCCUGAUGGUUUAACAGUGGCAGCAGUCAACAGAUCAAGCAUUUCAUACCAGAGUUUCCUUGCUCUCCUGUGUCCAACGCUGACACAAUAUUUGCAUCAAGUGCUUUAAUGGAGAAAAGCAAUAACUUGGCUUUUCACAUCUUAAUAUAUUCAACUAUCUUUUGAAACAAAUGUAAUAUUUUUCAUGCUGCAUCUUAUCUUUGAAUCCUCUUCAUCACUCUUAAGGUUAGCAUUUAUUAGAAUCCAAACAUGAAUCACCAUAUAGCUCGUAGUUCAUAGAACAACUCGUUCAGUCUGUGUGUAGAAAGAGAAUUUAAUUAUGAAUUAAAUAAUGUUUGACAUUUGUCUGUAAAAUUCAAUGCAAAUGUGCGCCCUGGCCUUUUGCUAUCCCGCACAUGAUCUCUUUGGGGAUAAAAACAUUAAAUAUAAUAGAUUUUUAAGAUGUAAUGUUUUAUAAUCUGUGCCAUAUUUUAGUCUCCAAGGCUUUUCAACUACAGGGCAGUCUAUUGAAAUAUGUUGCCGGGGAUGUGGAUCAGUGUUAAGGCGUGGGCAGAUUGAUCUCAAGUGUUUCUGAAGAUGUUACGUAGAAUCAGACUCGUCUCAGAAGUGGUUGCACACUGUCUUUGGAAAGAUUAAAGGUUUUCUAAUGUCAAGGACACAUUUUUAAAGGUUCUAAAGGAGUAACGCUGCAUUCACAUGAUACGCGAUUUGCUCUUUGCCAACCACAAGGUUUGGCGCAAAGCCUGGAAGCUUGUUAAAGGGGCGCCAUUAUGCUUUUCUGGGUGUUCCCUCUCCUGUAGUGUUAUAGGUUGUUGUGCAUGUAAACGGUCUGCAAACGCUAAAAUCCCCAAAUUCCCCCCAGAGGGAGUUUCUCUUCCACACUCCCCCCCCCUGUCUGGAACGCCUCCAUUUGACUCAUUUGUUUACGACACAGUGACAUCACUAUGUAACAUUCAUGCUUAAAUUGGCUGGCGCUCCAACACAUUGUAGGUGAUAGCCAGGCUAAGGGGCGGGACAGCUCUAAGCUUCUGACCAAUAAAAACGGAGCCGGCCAGCUAACCAAUCAGAGAAGUCUGGGCUCUGGUUUCAGACAGAAUAAGACAAAAAUAAAGAGCUUUUUGAACAUUAAAGCAUGUAAACAUGUCAAAGUAGAGGCACAAAAUACAACUAUCAACCUGAAAAUUAGAAGAAUAAGGGCCCCUUUAAGUUUUCUGUCUAGUGUUAUGUCCCCUGCUAGAGGUUAGCAGUAUUCAUGGUCAUAGUUUAAAUAAUUUGAACUUUAAGCACAGCAGUCUGCGUACAUUUUGAGCGGUGUGCAAUGCCUAGGGUUGCUAGGUCAUGCGCCACCACUCUUUGCGUAGAAACACAAUGGCAACGUCAGCACAGAGACACGAUUACCGUGUUUCAUGUGAAUGCAACUUAACACUCACAGACAGUUCAGAGAACAUCAGCACACAGCCUGGGUGUGUUCGUACCACAGCUCCAUUUCCCUCUCAUAUCUUUCCUUUCUCUUUGUUUUUUAGGAUGUAAGUGUCAAACUGUGUUGGAACCGGUGUGAUCUUUUUUGCUGACAUUUUUUUCCACUUGCACGUGUGAAGGAUUGGGUUUGCAUUCUGAUCACAAGUUGUCCUUUGCUUUUUCUUUCCCCAGGGUUAGGGUUUAGUGAUUUUAUAUUGAAGGUGCUGAUAUGAGCAGGGCUUUGGUUAAAGUUGGCUUAAAGCUGAUGUAUAAUGCAUGGUGCUGCCCUGGUGUCUGUGUUGACCUAAUGAAUGCAUGGCUCAAACUGAUGAUACCUCUCCCUCUCUGCCCUGCCCCCCCCCCCCCCCCCCCCCCCCCCCCCCCCCCCCCCCCUUCCUCCCUCAGACAGCAGUGGAUCGAAGGGCUGUCUAUUUCUUUACCCUUUAAUAAUAGCCCUGUUAUUAUACUUCUAUUUUGCACGAUAUUUCAUAAAACACAUUAUGUGCCUUGCCUUUAGUUAAAGAACAAUAAUACAUUAUAUAAAGUGAUUAUACUUUUCAUGGUACAGCUGGUAGCACUUAUAAAACAAAGAAAAAAAGCUGCAUGUGUGGUUGCUUGACAUUAACCAGUGUAGCAGUGUAUUAAAGAAAGCUUUCUUUAGCUUCUGCGCCCAACUAAAGGCAGCACUGUUUGACAGUGGAAGGAAAAGUCCACAUUUUGGGGAUUACAUGUGCCUGUUAUCAGACUCAGAGUCACAUGACUUGCCUCAGCCCGCACACAGUAUGGACAUGUUUAGCUCAGAUAAACAUUUUGCCGUUGCAUUCAAGUACAUCUUCCACUUUUCAUCACUUCGCCACUGACAAGGGUCAUAGAGCACUGUCCUGGUUCAAGGAGGCUGUAUCAAAUCUAUAAUCUGAUCACAUGACCCAAGAGAAUUACUCAAUGACAGAUAAGCAAACUGAGAUGUGUGAAAACUCAGAAAGUGGACACUAAGUUAAGUUCAACAAUGAACUGGACACAGAAAGUUCUUAUAGAAGAUCUUUUUCUGGGUAAAACUAGAAAAAGCAACUGUAGCUCCAAAAUUCAUGGACUGUUCCUCUAAGUGUUGAUUUUUCAAAGACAUCCCCCCUCGAUGAUUUUGUUUUCAUAGCUGAUAAUUAUGCAAACCCAUGGAUAAUAUUUAUUGCAGGGAAAAGUCUUUUACUAUAUUAUGAAUAUUUUGUGGCCAAGCCACUGAAUCCCAUGUAAAGAAAACAUGUUAAACACUCUGCAGCACUUACACCGUCCAUUUGCCUGAAUGGCGACUUUGAUCAUGUGACGAAUCAUGUGAUAAGAUACUGCUAAGAUCAUAGAUGAGUUUGUGUUUAAUAUGGAUGCAUGCACUUAACACUAUUGCUCUACUUGGCUUUUAGGUUAUAUUUGAGUUAUUUCUUGAGUUUUUAUUGUUAUUAUUUUGCUUUUAGCAUUAGUUUUAAACAGAACAGUGUGUGUACAAAUAUGUACACUCGUAAAAAGGAUACAAAGGAUGUAUAGAAUGUUAGUGUGUCAUGUUUUCUCUUAAGAUGGUGGCCAAGCCGCACAAUGAGGGACCCAUGAAAUGGGAAAGGUUUAGCCCUGAGAGGGAUGAUGAAUGAUGAAGGUGAGAAUUGUAGAUGGUGAGAAUUGUAGAUGGUGAGAAUUGUAGAUGGUGAGAAUUGUAGAUGGUGAGAAUUGUAGAUGGAGACAGACCAUUUUGUAGUCAGUCUAAGUCAAAGUUACUAGAAAGUCACUAAACUAGAAUCCAUAGAUCCACUCAGACUGCACUAUCUGCUGUCACUGUUUAGAUUCAAGUACACAGUGAUAGACACUGAAGUCACGCUGAUGGCAGCUGACAGCAACGUCCUCUCCCAGGACCAGGAUCAAGUCCUAGAUCAGAUCCUAGGUCAGAUUCUGGUUUAGGUCCUGGGUUAGAUCCCCGAUCAGAUCCUAAGGUACACCCAACGUUAGAUAGUGGAUCACGUCCUGGGUCAGAUACAAGGUCAGGUCCCGGAUUAUAUCAUAGAUCAGAUUCUGGGUCAGGUCCUGCGUCAGAUUCUAGGUCAAAUCCUUGGACAAGACCUGGGUCAUGUCCUGGGUAGCAUCCUAGUAACGUCCUGGGUCAGGUCCGAGAUCAAAUCCUAGGUCAGGUCCUGGGUCACAUCCUAGGUUAGAUUCUAGGUUAGGUCCAAUAUCUAAUAAAUACAGACAUUUAUAACAUUAUAAAUAAUAUCUCGAAAAACAAAAGUGUGCUGAGUUGAGAAUAUUGUGCUCAUCACAUUGUGCUCUCCUCACUUUCUCCGCUCUAUUCAAAUAUACCAGCAUGUUAAGGACAUGGAAAAUGAAAAAACAAAACAAGCAGUGCCUAUCAUUUUACUGCAAGCUUUGAGUUAUGUUGUAUGCUGUGUUCAAGCACUACAUGGUCAUGUGACACACUCGUAUGGUGCUCAGCCCUGGCCCGGGGAGGUGGGCUGUGCAGGUCCUGAGGUAACAAGCCAUAAAACAACCCAAAGAGCUGAAGGAAAUCUAGAGGAAACACUGACAGACUGUUCAUAAUGCUCGGUGGAUUCACCAUUCUUCAUUUAGGCUGGCGUAUGUUCAGGGACGGACAUGUGUCCUAUUUCUGCCUCCUUUCAGGAUUACACUAGAAAAAGGCUGUCCUGUUCCAAAUGCAGCUAAAAGAUGUGGUGGUACACUUCACACAAGGCUACCAGAGCAGAACAUUAUUGAUUUUUGUAUACAUUAUUGCAUCAUACUGAGUUGUUACUUCACUACCUUGUCAUGAUUGUUGCUUUAUCUUCUCUAGCUGUUAUGGUUUGAGGUUCUGGAUACGAAUGAAAAACAACAGCCGGUCUGGACACUAAGGAUCUCCUUUACUACAGUAUGUUUCCCCCGCACAUCUUUGUACCUAUACAAAUCUAAAAUAGAUUGCUGAAAUGGGAUUGGGCAUUUGUUGAGUAGAGAAAUAGCCAGAAGCAGAUAUAUUCAAACGUAAUCCCAUCUAUCAUAGUGAAAACAUAUAUGUAAAUAACAUCUUUAAUCAACUAUAAAUUAUGGGACACAUAAAUGGAGAUGAAUUUGUCAUAAAGAAAAACGCAUUGUUCAGCAUCCUUUCAGCAUUUAAAGUUCAUUAAAUACUGAUGAAUUGAGAUCCAGCAGAUACUUUACAAUCUAUCAUUUGUUAUCUUGAAUAUUUUAUAUUGGAUAAAGUCUGUUAUCGGUAAGUGAUUAUUUUCCAUCACUUUGUUAAAGAGGCGCAGCCAAUGCAACAGACUUGGUCCUCAGUGGUGUGGUGGCUAUCUGCUAGCACCGCUAGUUAGAGGUUAACCUUAUUAAGGCUGAACAACCUAAGGAUAGAUCAAUGACCACAAACUAUGAGACUGAAAAAGCAAGUGAGACCAAGAUCCAAAGAAACGCCCACAAAAACAUUUUUUACUAUGUAUUUUUCAGCAGUUCCUAAUUUCAUCCAUAAUAUUUUGGACUGACUUUGGUUUGUGAACCUUUGUUGAGUGUUACUACCACACCUUUAUGUUGCUUCAAUUUGAAACCAGUGUAUCCCAUGCAGUGGUGUUAACAAAUCAGUAGAACUGCUUGUAGUUUUUCUCUGAUGGCAGGUUCGUGACAAUAUGCUCCGUAGGAAUGAUUUCUAUGAAAACACCUCAUCCAAUAUCUGUCAAAUGUUCUAAUUUGUGUUAUCCUCUAGAUUUGUCUUGACUCUGUGGUACUAACUAAGUGCUCUUCUGACCACUGUUAGCAGAGAAUUACCAAAAAUGUUAUAUCAAAAUCAUGCUUUACUUUGGGUUGGGGUAUUGUAAGUGAAUGGUAGUGUUGCUGUUUGUUAGCAGCUGAUCAGCUCUGGCUGCAUGAGAAAGAAAGGAUAUCUAUACAGUUUCUGAGGGCUCUUUUCUAUAAAUUAUUAUUCAUAUUCAACCUGAAAGCCUCCUUCUUUUUGCUUUUUCUAAGUUGAAUGUCUUUUUCUGUAAUCAGACUCACAGCAGUUUGAAAACCUCUCUUUAUUACCUAAAAUCUGUUUUUUGAUAUUGUUUUCCUGACAGCGACGCCAUAUUGAUUCCUUUGUUACCUGUACACCUGUUUACUUCUCCACUGUGCUGAAGACGGUUUAUAAUGAACAAAAACUUUACAUUAGAAUGCAGUUGCAAUUUUUUAAGCAUUUAUUUCUCUAACUUUUCAGAUACUAUAAUGGACUGCUUUGCUUGCUUUCAGAAAUAUAUAUCCCUUACAUCAGAGAGAGCAUAAAGCUUUCAUCAGUUAUUGCAUGACUACAGUCCCCAAAGACCACAGCCCUUUUACAUGAACUGUACAUCAGGACAUUAUAAUGGGAGUCUUUGGCAAUCAAGAAAAUCACUUCUUCCAAUACCUCAAAACAAUAUAAAAAACUGAGAGUAAGUCUAUUAUUUUCCAUAUUGGAAUAGUGUGAAUUAUCAUACCACUAAUACCACAUCCUAUAGUACUGUGUAAAGAUAUUAAAGUUAUUUACCAUAACUUUCUUGUCCAAUUAAGUUGAUAUGCAAUUACAUUUCCCACCUGACAGCCAAUCUGAAACACACAAUAAUGCAUGACUUGCCAUCCCAAAAUAAGAAAAUGAUAGCAUAGGUAGAGGCCAGUAGUGUUUCUUUUGUUCCAGAUUGAUGUUCACUGUGGAGAGGGCUGUAGCUCUGGACUGGAUGUAGUUUGUAGCAGCUUGAACCUUUUCCUUUGGAAGAUAAUGUCAAUAAUCAACCUUAAUUUGCAUGACGUAAACUUUUCCUCUAAGGCUGCAUUAAGACAGGGACUUCUGACAACUUUCUGUUCCUGUUUGUUUGACUGACAGCUGUCUGAACCAGUGUUUCUGCCCUAAUGUUAUUCUGCUGUGGGGGAUACCAACAUCUUUGAUAUGUCAUUAUAACCAUACUUAGCCAUUGCUAUCAGCAAAUGCUGAUUAUUCAUUACUGGAAAUGAGUAUGUUUCCCUAUGCAAAAAUAUACCAUUAAUAAACAAGCUAUACCACAACUCA